AUGUCUAAUCAACUGCAAGAAAUCGCUGCCGAGCUCAAACUCGCGCUCCACCAGUACCCGAACUUCCCCUCCGAGGGCAUUCUGUUCGAAGACUUCCUGCCGAUCUUUAGAAACCCUUCUUUGUUCAACAAACUCGUCAGAGCGUUCAAGUUGCACUUGGAGGCCACGUUCCCAAACCAAACCAUAGACUACAUCGUGGGAUUGGAGUCCAGAGGGUUCCUGUUCGGCCCAUCUCUUGCGUUGGCAAUCAAUGCAGGCUUUGUUCCUAUUAGAAAGAAGGGAAAGCUGCCUGGUAAGCUGUACUCUGCAGCAUUCGCCAAAGAGUACGGCCAGGACUUUUUCGAGAUCCAGGCCGAGUCCAUCCCUGAGGGAUCCAACGUCGUCAUCGUCGACGACAUCUUGGCCACCGGAGGCUCGGCCAAGGCCGCUGGAGAACUCGUUCAAAAAUGUAAGGGAAAAAUCCUGGAAUUCUCGUUCGUCAUGGAACUCGACUUCCUUAAAGGAAGAGACAAGCUUCCUGCACCAACGUUCACCUUGCUGAGUGGCCAGACCGAGUCGUUGAAGAAGUCCUCCUAA